CCGCCGUUGGACCGGGCUCGGACCGGGAUGAGCGGCGGGAGCCGGCGGCGUCCAUGACAGGUCCUGGCCAGCCUUAGCCCCGGCGCCGCCAUGACCGAGGUGCUGGUGGUGAAGGAGGGGUGGCUCCACAAGCGAGGGGAAUACAUCAAAACAUGGCGGCCCCGCUACUUCCUGCUCAAGAGCGACGGCUCCUUCAUUGGCUACAAGGAGCGGCCGGAGAGCCCGGAGCAGGCGCUGCCCCCCCUCAAUAACUUCUCUGUGGCCGAGUGCCAGCUGAUGAAGACGGAGCGCCCGCGCCCCAACACCUUCGUCAUCCGCUGCUUGCAAUGGACAACGGUCAUCGAGAGGACCUUCCAUGUGGAUACCCCGGAGGAGCGGGAGGAAUGGAUGCGCGCCAUCCAGACGGUCGCCAACAGCCUCAAGCAGCAGGAGCCGGAGGUGGAUCCCAUGGAAUACAAGUGCGGAUCCAUGGAUGGCCCCGGUGCUGAGGAGAUGGAGGUGGCCAUGGGCAAAUCCCGUGCUAAGGCUACCAUGAACGACUUCGAUUACCUGAAGCUCUUGGGGAAAGGGACCUUUGGGAAGGUGAUCCUGGUGCGGGAAAAGGCCACCGGGCGCUAUUACGCCAUGAAGAUCCUGCGGAAGGAGGUCAUCAUCGCCAAGGAUGAAGUGGCUCACACCGUGACCGAGAGCCGGGUGCUGCAGAACACCCGGCACCCCUUCCUCACCGCCCUGAAAUACGCGUUCCAGACCAACGACCGCCUCUGCUUCGUCAUGGAAUACGCCAACGGGGGCGAGCUCUUUUUCCACCUCUCGAGGGAACGCGUCUUCACCGAGGAUCGCGCCCGCUUCUAUGGUGCCGAGAUCGUGUCUGCCUUGGAAUACCUCCAUUCCCGGGAUGUGGUGUACCGGGAUAUCAAGCUGGAAAACCUGAUGCUGGACAAGGAUGGGCACAUCAAGAUCACCGACUUCGGCCUCUGCAAGGAGGGCAUCAGUGAUGGUGCCACCAUGAAGACCUUUUGUGGCACCCCCGAGUACCUGGCGCCGGAGGUGCUGGAGGACAAUGACUACGGCCGCGCCGUGGACUGGUGGGGACUGGGGGUGGUGAUGUACGAGAUGCUCUGCGGCCGCCUGCCCUUCUACAACCAGGACCACGAGCGCCUCUUUGAGCUCAUCCUGCUCGAGGAGAUCCGGUUCCCCCGCAGCCUCGCGCCCGACGCCAGGGCCCUGCUGGCCGGGCUGCUCAAGAAGGACCCCAAGCAGAGGCUUGGGGGGGGCCCCAGGGAUGCGCAGGAGGUGAUGGAGCAUCGCUUCUUCGCCCCCAUCAACUGGCAGGACGUGGUGCAGAGGAAGCUGGUGCCCCCCUUCAAGCCCCAGGUGACCUCCGAGGUGGACACCCGCUACUUCGAUGACGAGUUCACGGCGCAGUCCAUCACCAUCACCCCCCCCGACCGCUACGAUGCCCUGGGCUCCCCGGAGGGCGAGAACCGCACGCACUUCCCGCAGUUUUCCUACUCCGCCAGCAUCCGGGAAUGAUGGAGCCGGGGGGG